AUGUCUUACCUUGCCAAGCUUUUGAACUUUCCCCCGAUUGUGGCCAGAAAAUGGAUUGCAAGUUUCAUGAGCGACCGGCACGCCAACAUUGGGUUUGACGACUUCCGCACUGAGACUGCUCCGCUGGUGAACGCUGGGCUAGCUCAAGGAUCACCACUUUCCCCCAUCUUGUUUGCAUUCUUCAACGCCGACCUAGUCGACCAGCCCGUCGACUCCCAGGGAGGUGCAUCGGCAUUCAUUGACGACUACUUCCGAUGGAGAGUGGGGAGUUCAGUUGAGUACUGUAAUUGGUAA